GCCAACUCCUGCUCUGUGUCGUGGCUGUGUGAGCAGGCAGCUCAGCGUUACUACCAGAAAUGUGGCCUCCUGCCUCGUCUCUCUCUGCAGAAAGAAGGCGCCCUGCUCUCCCCGCAGGACCAGCUGCUGGCUGUCCUGCACACAAAUGAAGAGGUUCUGGCUGAAGUUUGCUCGUGGGAUCUCCCUCCUCUCCCUGAGCGAUACAAGAAGGCCUGUCAAAGUCUGGCAGUGAAUGAGAACAAGCGUGUCUCCCGGCUAUGUGAGGUUCAGGACCGGGGUUCCUCCGUGUCAGUGUGUGGCCUGGGUUUGGCCGUCUCUUCCCUCGGCCCGCUUCUCCGUGCCCUAAAACUUCAGGCCAGCCUCACCGAGCUGCGAAUUUCUGGCAACCGUAUGUCUGACGACCUUCUCCCUGAGCUGAUUGCCACAACGCUCACCAUGCCUCGUCUGCAGCUGCUGGACAUUUCCGCCAACUGCAUUACAGGGGACGGGCUGGAGAAGGCUGUUAAUGCUUUAAAGGGACAGAGUGCACCUGCAUUCCCAUGCCUGGAGGAGCUGGACCUCAGUAUGAACCCACUGGGGGACAGCGUGUCUGAGUCUCUGUCCUGUCUGCUGUCCUGCUGCCCUGUGCUAGCCAAGCUGUCUCUGCAGGCCUGCGGCCUCACUGCUCGUUUCCUUCAGCAGCAUCAACUGCUGCUAGCCAGCGCGCUCACAGGACUCCACUGCCUCACACACGUGGACCUGUCGGUUGUCUGCAGAGGGCCUGCUGAUUACCCGGCACUGGAACACCUCGCCAAAGUCCUGUCACAGGACGAGUGCUCUCUGACCCACCUGAGCCUGGCUGCAAAUGGGCUGACAGACAGCAGUGUAGCUACCUUGGCGAGGUGCCUCUCGUCGUGUCCCACACUGGUGAGUCUGAAUCUGUCAGGAAAUCCGUCUGUUACAUCAGCGGGACUUCACAACAUCCUGGCGUCUGUCAGAGAGGCCCGUCGACCACUGACACUUCGAAAACUUGAAGGUUGUCAGGUCUCUGGCCCCUGGGAGAGUGAAGACCUGGACAGUUUGUCAGAGCUGGUCCAGGAUAUCCGUCUUUGCUCUCAGGCCCUCAACAAGCUGGACCGACAGACCUUGAAGCAGAGCUGGGACAGGACUCAGUCACACGGACACUUUCUCGACCGAAACUCCAAGUGCCUCCUCUCUGCCACCUCCACUUGAGGGUGGCAGGUGUGACGAUGUUGACAGAACUUUGCUUCUGAUGUCUACUCUUUAUCACUGACGGUGGAUUUUGAGCAAGUGGUCAUUUCUAUAAACAUUUUGUUUAAUGAGGCUACACCAAAAAACCCCAAGAUAAAACCAAAAUAAAGUGACAUGGUGUCCACCAACAAUCUGUUGAUAGCUUGUGUUUUAUACAUUUUUGUCUGCCUUAUUUAUACAUGUAAAACUCUGUAUCUAUAUAAAGAGUUUGUGUUAGUGUGUGAGAGGUUUUGUGUCACUCCUGUUUUGUAGGAUUUCAUUUAAAAAACACAAACACAAUUAAA